AUGACAGACGCCAGGAGCCCUCGGGCCGUGGGAGGUGAAGCUGUCCUCAGGGAGACCCCAGGGCUUGCUGACAUCCAUGACUACCAGCAGCAGGUACCUGCCCGCUCCUCAGUCCCUGUUGGGAGCCUCCAGAAACAGUGGCACCCCUUGGAGGAAUGGCUGGGGUGGCUGGAGGCUGAGGUGACCAAGCUCAGAGAGCAGAAUGAGGACCUGCAGGCCAGAGUGAGGCAGCUGGCGCCCUGUGAGUGCCGCUCCACCUCUGCCCAGUGCUGGGGGCUGGGGUGCGCCUGUCCUGAGGGGGCUCACUGGGAGCCUGACGCCCGCACAGCCUGCAUCUGCCAGGAUGGGGCAGAUCUUUCCUCAACCCCCUCUCCUGUGCUGCUUCCACAGGAAGGGGCCAUCACCUGUAUCCAGAAUCCAUGCCCAGAAGUACCGUGCCCUGAGCCAGGAGUAUGCUGCCUGCGCUGUGAACCAGGCUGUUCUGAGGGCCACAGGUCAGGAGAAACAUGGCAUCCAGAGCCCUGUGUCACCUGUACCUGCCAGCCCCAGGGGGUCCAGUUCCCCCUUGGGGUCGUAGUAUCCCUUGGGGAUACGCACUCUUGCUCGUUAGUGAUUCACCUAUCACCCUCGCAACCCUCCCCAGGCUGUGAGUAUGAGGGGCGGCUUUACGAAGAGGGGGCCAGCUUCCUGUCCAUCUCCAACCCUUGUCUCCAGUGCUCCUGCCUGAGGAGCCUGGUUCACUGUGCGCCCAUGAAGUGCCCACCCAGUCCCUGCCCCGAGCCAGUUCUGAGGCCUGGGCACUGCUGUCCAGCCUGCCAAGGCUGCACAGAAGGUGGCACUCACAGGGACCAUGGCCAAGAGUGGCCUGCAUCUGAGGAUCCCUGCCGGAUCUGCCAAUGCCUGGAAGGCCACAUCCAGUGCCACCAGCGAGAAUGUGCCAGCCUGUGCCCAUACCCUGCCCGGCCCCUCCCGGGCACUUGUUGCCCAGUGUGCGAUGGCUGUUUCCUAAACGGGCGAGAGCACCACAGUGGGGAGCCUGUGGGCUCCGUGGACCCCUGCUCACGCUGCCACUGUGCUAAUGGGAGCAUCCAGUGUGAGCCUCUGCCCUGCCCACCUGUGCCCUGCAGACACCCAGGCAGGGUCCCUGGGCAGUGCUGCCCAGUCUGCAAUGGCUGCGAAUACCAGGGACACCAGUAUCACAGCCAGGAGACCUUCAGCCUCCAGGAGAGUGGUCGCUGUUUCCUCUGCUCCUGCCAGGCUGGUGAGGUCUCCUGUGAGGAGCAGGAGUGCCCUGUUGCCCCCUGUGGCCCAUCCGGCUCUGGCUCGAGGCUCUGCCCAGCCUGUGUGCUCAAUGGAGAAGAGUUUGCUGAAGGAGUCCAGUGGGAGCCCGAUGGUCAGCCCUGCACUGCCUGCUCCUGCCAAGAUGGGGUGCCCGGCUGUGGGGCUGUGCUCUGCUCCCCACCCCCCUGCCAACACCCCACCCAGUCCCCUGGCGCCUGCUGCCCCAGCUGUGAGAGCUGCACCUACCACGGCCAUGUGUACACCAAUGGGCAGAACUUCACAGACCCGGAAGAGCCUUGCCGUGCCUGCCACUGCGAGGAUGGGUCUGUGAGGUGCUCCGUGGUCGAGUGCCCUCCAGUUACCUGUGCCAGGCCCCAGAGUCUACUCGGCCAGUGCUGCCUCAGGUGUCCAGACUGCAUCCUGGAGCAACAGGUGUUUAUGGAUGGCCAGCGCUUCUCCCAUCCCAGAGACCCCUGCCAAGAGUGCCACUGUCAGGAAGGCCACGCUCGCUGCCAGCCUCGUGCCUGCCCCCGGGCUCCCUGUGCCCACCCACUGCCCGGGACCUGCUGCCAGAGCGACUGCAGCGGUUGCGCCUUUGGCGGGAAGGAGUACCCCAGCGGAGCUGACUUUUCCCACCCCUCCGACCCCUGCCGCCUCUGUCGCUGUCUGGUGAACGCGUCUGGAGAAGAGGAGCCGGGAGGGGCUGGGGAGGCCGGGAGAGGCCUGAAAGGUGGGGUGGGGAGGGGCAGGGUAUCCUCGGCCUCCCGCCGGGGGCGCUGCUGCCGCUCCUGUGACGGCUGCCUGUUCCAGGGGAAGGAGUUCGCCAGCGGGGAGCGCUUCCCGUUGCCCAGCGCCGCGUGCCACGAGUGCCUCUGCUGGGAGGGCAGUGUCACCUGCGAGCCCAGGGCUUGUGCCCCUGCACAGUGCCCCUUCCCUGCCAGGGGAGACUGCUGCCCUGCCUGUGACGGCUGUGAAUACCUGGGUGAGUCUUACCUGAGCAAGCAGGACUUCCUGGAUCCCCAAGAACCCUGCAACCUGUGCACCUGCCUUGGAGGCUUUGUGACCUGCAGCCGCCGUCCCUGCGAGCCUGUAGGCUGUAGCCACCCCCUCACCCCUCCAGAGCACUGCUGCCCAAUCUGCCAGGGAUGCCUCUACCAUGGGAUCACUGCUGCCCCCGGAGAGACCCUUCCUGACCCACUUGACCCUACCUGCUCCCUCUGCACCUGCCAGGAAGGCUCUGUGCGCUGCCAGAGGAGACAGUGCCUCCCGGCUCCUUGCCCGAAACCCUCUCCAGGACCUUGCUUCUGCCCUGUGUGCCGCAGAUGGCCAGGUCAGCUGUGUGCGGCUGCAGUGUCCACCCCUGGCGUGCCUACUCCAGGUCACAGAGCCAGGGAGCUGCUGCCCUCGCUGCAGAGCCUCCCAAGUGCUGUGAUUACAGGCUGCCUCGCUCAUGGAGAGGAGCACCCUGAAGGCAGUAGCUGGGUGCCCCCCGACAGCCCUUGCUCCUCCUGCAUGUGUCACGAGGGCGUCAUCACCUGUGCCCACAUCCAGUGUGUCAGCUCCUGUGCCCAGCCCCACCAGGGGCCCAGUGACUGCUGCCCUCGAUGCAAGGGCUGUGAGCAUGAGGGCCAGAAAUAUGAGGCCGGGGAGAGUUUCCAGCCUGGGGCAGACCCCUGCGAAUUGUGCAUCUGUGAGCCACAGCCUGAGGGGCCUCCCAGCCUCCACUGUCAUCGGCGGCAGUGUCCCAGUCUGGUGGGCUGCCCACCCAGCCAACUCCUAUCCCCUGGGCCCCAACACUGCUGCCCUACCUGUGCCCAAGCACUGAGCAACUGCAUAGAGGGCCUCCUGGGGUCCGAGCUGGCCCCGCCAGACCCCUGCUACACCUGCCAGUGCCAGGACCUGACGUGGCUCUGCAUUCACCGGGCCUGUCCUGAGCUCAGCUGUCCCCUGUCGGAGCACCGCACACCACCUGGGAGCUGUUGCCCUGUGUGCCAGGAAUGUGUGGUGGAGGCCGGGAGCCGGAGAGUAGCAGAUGGAGAGAGCUGGCGGGACCCCAGCAACGCCUGCAUUGCCUGCACUUGCCAUCGGGGCCAUGUGGAGUGUCACUUGGAGGAGUGCCAGCCCCUCUCCUGCCCCCACGGCUGGGUGAAGGUGUCCCAGAAUGACAGCUGCUGUGAGAGAUGCCAAGCCUCUACCCAGUCAUGUGAGCUCCAGGGCCGGCAGGUGACCUCUAGGGAGCGCUGGGCUGUAGAUGCCUGCACCAGCUGCUCCUGCGUGGCUGGCACCGUGCACUGCCAAAGCCAGAGCUGCCCACCGCUGUCGUGCAGCCCAGACGAGGCUCCGGCCCUGAGUCCCCGCAGCUGCUGCCCCCACUGCUUGCCCCGGCCUGCCUCCUGCAUGGCCUUCGGAGACCCCCACUACCGCACCUUCGAUGGCCGCCUGCUGCACUUCCAGGGUAGCUGCAGCUACGUGCUGGUCAAGGACUGCCGCGGUGGGGACUUCAGCGUGCAUGUCACCAAUGACGACCGGGGCCGGAGAGGCGUGGCCUGGACCCAGGAGGUGGCAGUGCUGUUGGGAGAUGCGACGGUACAGCUGCUGCAGGGCGGGACCGUCACGGUGAACGGGUGCCUAGUGGCCUUGCCCUUCCUGCAGGAGCCGCUGCUGUAUGUGGAGCUGCGGGGCCAAACUGUGAUCUUGCAUGCCUGGCCUGGGCUUCAGGUGCUGUGGGACGGGCGGUCCCAGGUGGAGGUGAGGGUACCUGGCUCCUACCGGGGCCAGACCUGUGGGCUCUGCGGGAACUUCAAUGGCUUUGCCCAGGAUGAUCUGCAGGGUCCUGAUGGGCUCCUUCUGCCCACAGAAGCUGUAUUUGGGAAUAGCUGGCAGGUCCCAGAUGGGCCGGGGCCUGGCCAGCUCUGCUCUGCAGGCCAAGAAGUGCACCCGUGUCGGGCAGCAGGGUACCGUGCCAGGCGUGAGGCCAACGCUCGAUGUGGGCUGCUGAAAUCCUCUUCAUUCAGCCGCUGCCAUGCUGUGGUGCCACCAGAGCCCUUCUUUGCUGCCUGUGUGUACGACCUAUGUGCUUGUGGCCCUGGCUCCUUGGCUGAUGCAUGCCUCUGUGAUGCCCUAGAGGCCUAUGCCAGUCACUGUCGCCAUGCGGGUGUAACACCUGUCUGGAGGGGCCCUACACCGUGUGGUGCAAGAGGGCCAGGACUGCCCCCUAGAGCUGGCACUGCCCGCUGUGCUACUGGAGAUGGAGUGGAGCCGCUCCUCUGGGACCUGGAGCUGCUGACUGGGGCAGGCCUGGGCCUCUUCUGGACCCCCUGGCGUUUCCGGUGUCAGAGGCACCAGGCCCAGGACACAAGGAGUCAGCGCAGUCAGCCCCUUGGUAGGAUGGGUGGGGACUCCAGGCAGCAGGUGAGUGAGGUGAGCAAGGGCACAUGCUUUAGGGCAGUGGUGGAGGUGAGGGAAGUGGAAGGUGUGUGGACUUUGGAGACUGACAGCUCUGCCCACAAAUCUGCUCUGACAGUCCCUGUGGCCUGUGAGGAUGAUGGCAGAUCCUUCUCCAAGGCUGUUGGAAGGGACUGUGAAUGCAUCAGAGGGAAUCUCAUGGAGUCUGGCACACACUACAUGUUUGUUACUUGUAGGCUGCUACUAUUAUUCCACAAUUAACCACCAGACUGGUCAAUCAACUGUGCGGUAAUGCUGGGAAGCCUUUUAAUAUGGCUGCCCGGGCUUCUGGAGGACAGAGGCCCUGGUGCCCAGGGCUGCCCUGAGAUUGAAACACUGAGCAGCCCUCCUGUCCAGGAGGGGGUUGCUAUGGUGAUGGCCCCACAUAGAGUUGAGAGCUGGGGAUGUGGAUCCGAGUCCCAGCUCAGCCACUGGCUGCCUAAGUAAGUCAUGGUAGGCUGGCCAGUCAGUAGCUGCUUUGGGCUAUGGUAUUAUGAGCCACAGGAGGGAGGGUUGAUGGUGAUCACUGAAGUUCUUGCCAGCACUGUGGGUCAAGGCCACAGUCUCCUUGCAAGGCUCGAGUGGGCAGGAGGGACGUGUUCCAAGCACUUUCUGUGGAGGGGAAAUGGUCACACAAGGGCCUGAAUACUAGAAGGCAGGGACCCUGGGGCCAUCUUAGGGACUGCCCUCCACAUUGGGGGGGGCGUUGUCCCGUGGGCCUGGGUUCCCAACCCUUUCAGGGUUCCAGGCUGUAUGCUUCACUCCAGGCCGAGCACUUCCAACACCAGAACCAUCAGCUCACAGGAGCGUGAGUCUCCUGGGAAUCUUACAUUCACUCUUGUUUCCUCACAAAGCAACCAAGAACCCUUUCCCUUGUCUCCUUCCACAGUCCUGCCCAGUGCCCCUACUCAUGCUUCUGGCUCCUUUUAGGCCCUCACUCAGUUGAACACACGGUUGCCCCACCACCUCUGGUAGGGUGACCCUGAAUUCUGUCUCCCAGGAUCUAAAUGGUACAGGGUUUGGGGGAGGCCACCCUGAACUCAGAGUUUGGACACUGGCUGGUGGGAGUAGGAAGCCUGGCAGCCAGGCUCCCUCCUUACCCCUGAGCCCAUGGGCCACCUGAGUAGCCCCUGGAUUCCUACAGGGAGCAGGAACCAGGCCCAUUGUCUGCAUUGGAUCUGGAUGAAGCCAGGAGUGACACAGACCCAACGCAGGAGGGCCCUGGCAUACCUGAGAAGGCCACACCUGGUUGCUUACAGGAGAUGAACCCUACCACCAGCAGGCACUUUGAGGAGCCGGAAAAUUCAGCAUUCAAAGGGAAAGGAUCAAAGGGACCUGGGCAAGGCCUCUCUCAGGACCUGGCCCAGAGGGAAAAGAGCCAAGCAGAGCCUACAAUCCAACAACUCCACUCACCAACACUCAGGAGCCCACAGGAGGGAAAGCUCAGUCAGGAAACCCCAGAGCCCUCCGGCCUGACUUCCCAAGGCCUGCCAGCACCCCAAGAUCCACCCAAGGAGUUUUGCUUGGGCCUGAACAGAGAGAGAUUAGAACCUCAAAAACUGCUGCUGCUGGACCCUCCUCAGAGUUUGAGAGAGGCAGUCCCUGGGCGUCAGAAAGGGGAGGCCUCCCAAAGGGAGAACAAAGAAGUCCCUCCCAGUCAGGGAGAAAAGCCACAAGAGAGUAAGAGCAGGGAAGACCCGCAGGGUCAGAGAGAAGGGGCACCCCAGGGAGAGAACCCAGAGGCUCCUGAGAGUCAAACUGGAAAUGGUCCCAAGUGCCUUGGAGAGGAAGCUUCUCAGGGUCAGGAAAUGAAAGCCUGGCAGGCAUGGGAAGGCCACAUCUCACCAGCCCUGGAGGUGGCUCAGGGAGAAGCAACUGCCCAGCUCCUGGGGGACGGUGACCCCCUGGGCCUGCGGAGGGACUUUCCUAGGUCCCUGGGAGAACAGAGCCCUCCGUGUGUGGGAAGGGAGAACCCAGGACCCCGGGGAAGGUCCACUCAGCGGGUACCUAGCAGAACUGAAGGCCAGAGUCAGGAGUCAGCCGUAAUGACGCUGGGGUACGCCCAGGAGGAGGAGUGGGCUCCUGUCCCGGGCCCCGGAGACAGGAUACGGGCGACUUGGAGCUCCGGGGACGCUGGGCAGCCAGAGCUCCCUGCGACUGUGCCCGGAGGGGGCCGUGGC